AUGGCACAGAAUGGUCGCCAUUCUCGGCCUUUCUACUGUCGUGAAUGGGUGUUCGAAAAAAUUCAAGCUUGCCUUGAGCGAAGACAACGAAAAGAAGAUACAAAGACUAAAGGAGCAUUUGUUCUUGGCGGCCCUGGUUCGGGCAAAACCACCAUUUUACGUGAGCUUGUGUCUCCGAGAACUAAAGAGGGCAUUCAGAUAAAGCUUUCGAGGAAGGUUGUUGUUUCUCAUUUUUGCCAAGCCCAAAACGCGCUCUCUGUUUCGGUUGCUGAUUUCAUUUCAAGUUUUGCCCAGCAACUUGCUAAAGCAGAACCACUCAAGUCCUACGCUGCUAAAUUUAAUGAACCGGAAAUUCAAAAUCAUCUCACAACUGAACAGUGCGUAAGAAAUCCGGACCGAUCUUUUAAAGAAGGAGUUCUGCUUCCAUUGAAUUCUCUGCCACCUCCUCAAGAAGUGUUUCUAGUUGUCGUGGACGCCAUAGAUGAAUCUUUCCUGCAUUCUUUCGAUUCCGGCGUUUCAUCUGGAAGCAGAACUGUUGCUGAAUUAAUGGCUACCCAUCACGAUCUUUUCCCGUCUUGGCUUUUCCUUGUUGUCAGUGCGAGAAAACAGUCCAAAACAGUAACGAGGAUGUUUACAGGAUUUCGAAAAUUAACUUUAGAUGAUCUUCGAAGGGCACAUGUGGUCAAAGACAUUCAACAGUACAUUUUAAAUCGUUUGGAUGAUGAACCAAAUUUGAGAAAGCAUUUGACCAGGGAGACUGCUGAAGCUUUUAAUCAGCUUCACAUCAAAAGCAAUGGCUGCCUUCUUUACCUAGAAAAAUUGUUGGAUGGUGUUGUGGAUGAAUUUUUUACCCUGGAUGAAACACAAGAGAUUCCAGGUUCAUUAUCUGGUCUGUACAUGUGGCUUUGCAACAGGCUAUUCACAGAGGAACAAAUUGAGAAAAUUCGUUCAGUUCUGAAUGUGAUAUUGGCUGCGCAAAGGCCUCUUAAUGAUUCAGAAAUGUUUGAAGCAGUUUGGACAAAAGACACAGAACUAACCAUGGAAGAAUUUCUGGAAACUCUGGAUCUUAUGUCGCAUCACAUCCUAACUGAACAGAAUGGUGCAAAGAGCAUCUCUCAUUUAUCCUUUGCUGAGUGGUUGCUUGACAUAAAGCACUGCACACCAAAGUUUCUAUGCAGUCCGGCAGAUGGACAUGCAAUGUUAGCAUUGUAUUAUACUCUGCUCUCUCAAAGACAACAACUUACAAAUCCUCAUGAACUUGCGUUUCAUUUGAGCCGGGCAUCUUUUAGGGAAUUUUUUUCACAAGAUCAUCUUGCUUUGUGGCUGUUAUGGAGUGGAACGCAAAUUGCUGACUUGCAGCUCAAUACAGAUGCUUUGAAUCAGGAAGUUGUUCAGCUUCUUGUAAAUGCUGGAGCCAAAGUGAAGGAGCUUGAAGAACAGGAAUCUGCCUUUGCACCCGAGACAGCAGAGUCUGUUAAAGCUCUGUUAGAAAAGGGGACAUCGGUUGAUCGUGUUGACAGUGCUGGGCGUACAUUGUUGUGCAAUGCCGCAUUUAAUGGAAAUGUUGAAGUCGUGAGGCUUCUUAUCAAGCAUGGCGCAAAUGUAAACUUCUCAGACACAUCUGGACAAUCACCACUUAUGCUAGCAUCCAGGCAAGGCCAUAAUGAAAUUGUGUACCUUCUAGUCAACUGUGGUGCGAAAGUUAAUCACUGUGCUGAUGAUGGAUGCACUGCAUUGAGAGCGGCUGCCUCUGGAGGGCAUUCUGAUGUUGUUUCUGUUCUUCUGAACCAUUCGGCACAAGUGGAUCUUGUAGAUGAUGAUCAGCGCACUGCUCUCCGAGGAGCAGCAUGGGGUGGACAUGCCGAUGUUGUUUUACAGCUUCUUCAACAUGGAGCCGAUCCAAACCUUGCUGACAAGGAAGGAAGAACUGCUCUUAUUGCUGCAGCCUACAUGGGUCAUAGGAAAGUUGUAGAAAUACUUCUUGAUAACAAGGCUGAAAUAAAUCAUGCAGACAAUGAUGGGAGAACUGCUUUAGCGGUGACUGUUCUUUGUGUAUCGUCAAGUGAGAAUCAUGAAGCUGUAGUGGAUCUUCUUUUGAAACGUGGUGCAGAGGUAGACCAUCCUGAUUUUGAUGGUAUAUCGCCUCUUUGCGUCUCAGCACUGGAGGGUUACUGCAAUGUAGCAAAGUUGUUGAUAAGCGCAGGAGCAGACACUGGCCACUGGGACAGAAAUGGAAGGACACCAUUGUUUGCUGCUGCUGCUAAUGGCCAUAAGGAUAUUGUUGAUUUGCUUUUGUCAAAGGCAGAAGGUUUGUAUUACACUAGGGUGAUUAAUAAAACUACAUGCAUAUUGCUAGUAAAAAAUGUAGUCAACAGCUUUCAUUUUUUACUGCUAACUCUUUCGGAACUUUUACUGUAUCUCUAGUUGAACAAAAAACUUAAACCUUGUAAUAAAAGUGACGCUUUCUGUUUCAUUGAACGUUCACUUCUGCACUUUUUUGUUGAGGAACAAAACUCUGUUCUGUGAACAUGACAUGGUUUAAGUUUUGAUUGUAGAAUUUCAAAUCAUAGAGAUAGAAUAGAACUGACAAAGUUACAUUAAAAAUCAAUAAAUGUGUGUCUGUAUUGUUAGAAGACAUAGAGAGAGACCCUGAUGAUACUUACUGAAAUUCCUGUCUGCCUUUAACACUUAUGGAAUGAUGUUUUUCAAACGUUUUUUUUUUAUCUCUUUUUUCAGAGGGAAAGCCUGAUCCUUCUGGCUGGACAUCACCAAAGUUUUCCAUGUUUCGUCCUGAUCACAACGGGUGGAAUCCGUUGAUGGUGGCCGCACAUCAAGGUACUAAAGAUCCUUGGCCAGAUUUCUUAAGUGCUUUGAAAAUACAGUGGAGGCAUGUGUGGCCGAACGGUUAACACCUUGAACUCCAGAUCUGGAGGGUUCAAGCCUCCCCUGCUAUGUUGUUUCCUUAGACAUGGAACUUUACUCAACUUUGUCUCUCUUCACCCAGGUGUAUAAAUGGGUACUAGCGAGAUACUGCUGGGAGGUAACCCUGUGAUAGGCCAUCAUCCCAUCCAAGGGGGAGUAGCAAUACUCCUAGGCAUGCUUCAUGCUAGUGAAACCAGGAUAAGCUCCAGCUGUUUGGGCCUUUGGCUUUUGUGCACCUUUACCUUCACCCUGACCUUGGGAAAACAGUCCUGUAUUUUUUUCUAUGUUUAGUUAAACUUUCAAAAGUUGUUUUGAGUGCAAGCCCUUCACCCCAUGUUAUCAAGGACUUUUGCUUUGCUUUUGACAAAUUAAAAGAGUUGGGAUAAGAACAAUAAUGAAGUUUGAAACAGCAUGAAUUCACUUCCAUUACCGUUGUCAUUGCUCAAGCUCCCUAAUGUCGGAAGGGGUGAGGUGGGUGGAGCCUCUGGUUCCAUCUAUGCACAAUAAUUUUGAAAAUAACCUUUGAUCAGGUGGUCCGUCUUCCUUUUUUUUCCUUAGAAAGCCUAAUUGCAGGUAAUUUUAACAAUUUCCCUUAAGGAGAGGAGCUAAAAUUAAUUUAUGUAAUGACAGGGCACAGGAAUACAGUUUUGUCACUCAUAGAAGCAAAUGUUGAUAUCAAUGCACUGGACCCUGAUGGUAGAUCAGCCCUCAUGCUGGCUGCUCAAGAAGGCCAUGAUGAUGUUGUGUCAGUACUGAUAGAACAUGGAGCUCCCAUUGAACAAGCAUCUUCUGAUGGCCGCACAGCUCUGCAUUUUGCUGCCAUGGAGGGGCAUGAGGCCUGUGUCCAACACCUUGUCAGUCUUGGUGGUGAUGUAAAUCAUCAAGACAGCCUUGGACGCACUCCUCUCUUUGCUGUCUCCAUUGAAGAAAACAAGUCAAUGAUUGAACUUCUGUUAGAUCUAGGAAGUUUUGUCGACAGUAAGGACACUGAAGGAAGAAGUCCCCUGCAUGCUGUUGCUUGGAAAGGUUCUUAUGAACUAGUGGAGUUGUUGCUUGACAAAGGAGCGGCAGUGAAUCACGCGGAUUGCGAAGGUCGCACAGCACUGAUGUCAGCAGCCUGGAAAGGUCAUGUGUCUACAGUACAGCUAUUAAUUCAACGUGGUGCCAAGGUGGAUAAGAUGUCUAAUGAGGGUGCCACAUCUCUUUGUAUUGCUUCACAAGAAGGGCAUGAUGAAGUGGUGCAGAUUUUAUUAGAACAUGAAGCCAACAUGAAUCACGCAGACAAGCUUGGAAGAACUCCAAUGCAAGUUGCUUAUGAAGCAGGUAAAUAGACUUCUUUCAGUGUGCUUUCUUAACAUUGCUUCAUUAGCAAACCUUUGUUUACAAUUUUUGCCACAUUUGCAGAUGCUUCUCAUUUUGUAACAAAUUUACAACAAUUUCAGUUCUCAAUAUUCUGUGAACAAAGCACAGUUAGCUUUUUCUGUAUUGUUGUCUACAGUAAAAAAAAAAACUUAACAAUUUUAUGAAGAAUAUGUGGGCUCAUUAUCAAACUUACUUCCCAGAACUUUUGUUUAUUCUGGCCCUGAUAUUUGACAUUUGACAUUUGAGGGGCUGUUUAUAUGAUGUCAGACUUUCAUUCUGGAACGAGUUUUGUUUUGUUAGCUGUCAACAACCAUCGUUGUAAGCAGACUGGAAAAUAAAUAAUGAUCCAGAUACAGUUGGUUGAAUUUCAAAAACAUACAUCAUGUACUUAGUUACCAUUUGCCAACUUCACCAAGCUAAAGCUUUUCUUUGUAAAUAUUUCAGGUUUUAAAGCUUAAAAUGCUCUAAAACACAAUUGCACGCCACAUCAAACAACACCUUUGCAUCCACCAUUUGAAUUGUGCUCCAGGAAAAUAAAUACAUGCUGCCUGCUCAAUUUGAGUAGGUAAUGAUCUGGAUGGUGGUAUUUGACAAUAGCAAACUCAUGUGUCUAGCUGUCUGUUUGGGGGAGGAUUGCGGUCUCAUUUCCUGAGCAGCAGCUGAUAAUCGAGCCUAACACCUGAAUUAACUAGUUUUCUUUCUCUAAUUGACCAGGUCAUACAAGAGUAACUAAAGUGUUGGAGGCAUUCAGUGUAAUGAGACUUAAUGAUGGAAACUUCACCAGUACACUAAAGAGAAAGUUGUCAUCAGCUCAAUCAGAGAGUGGUAGUACGGUCUCAAAUAGCAGUCUCACAGAGAAACCUCAAAGAUCUGAUAGUGUCUCUUCAUCAAACAGCUCUGAUUCCCUGGCUGCAUCAAGAAAGGAACUGGAAGUUCCAGGAUCGCCACAGUUUGGGCCGCACGGAGAGUUGUUAGAAGAAAGACGUUACUCAGCCAGUUUCCGUGACUUGCACUCUGUUCAAGCAAUGAAAGAACCUUGGGGUGGAGCUUGCCCCCCUUAUACGUCAGAAACGAAUGUCCUUGAACCACCGCCAUAUACAGAGAAGCCAGUGAGAACUUCCCUUGUGGAGGAUGAUGUGGUUGCAACUAAGCCCUUGCCACAGAGCAAGCAGAAACAGUUUUCCCUACUGCACAAAAUGAGACAGAAGGGUAAAAGUGCUUUUACUUCAAGCAGUUCCCAGGGUCAGGAGAAACGUGGGAAAACUGCCGCGAAAGUUAAAAGUCCUACUGAAAAACGAGGAUUUAUUUCUGGUAUCAAGAAGCUAGGAGUAAGUUCAUCUCAUAGCGCUAGCUCAUCAAAAUCUCGUGAUGGAAAAACUGGUAACUUAAAAGACCCAAAGGAGUCAUUUGAAACAAAAAUAUGA